UACAGCAAACAAAAACUGAAGAGAAGCAAAUAUUGGUUUGGAUGUGCUGAUUCCAUGAGUCAGAACUGCCUGAACGGAGCUCUUGCCAUAGUGAAAGAAAUGAUUGCAGUAACACUUCUCUUGUUCCUACUGGGGCCUGUGACGCUUAUUCAAGGUAAACCAUCACUAAGCAUUGAUGUGUUACAGGAAAAUGACAAAAGUGGGGAUGUGCCAAGCAGGGAGCGCAGAGAUGUAGACAUGUCCUGCAGCUCCGAGGAAACCAUUGAGGGAGGGUCCAUUGAGUGGCCAGAAGUGAGAAGCACAGGAAGUGUGAUGAAGUAUGAGUGUCCCGAAGGAACAUAUGCCUUUCCAGUUGGCUGGAGAGUCUGCAUCCAAGGUCGAUGGAGCUCCCUGACAGACAGUGGCCAAGAUCCCAUUUCGAAGGCUGUCUGCAAACCCAUGAAGUGCAUCAGACCGGCUGCUCCUCAGUUUGGACAGAUGAGUCCCAGUGACCGCGAGUACAACUCAUUUAAUGACACCGUGCACUUUUCCUGCUUACCCGGCUUUGAGCUUCUGGGGUCCUCUGAACGAACCUGUCAGUCCAAUGGCCGCUGGAGCGGGAAUCUGCCAGUGUGUGACAAACAAGAGAACUUCUGUCCAAAUCCUGGAGUCCCAUUUGGCGGAGUGAGAUCAGGAGACACUUUCACACUUGGUUCUGUUGUAACAUUCACAUGCGACAGUGGCCUAUUGCUGCGGGGAUCAGUGGAGAGAAAGUGCUUGAAGAACGGAGUGUGGUCAGGAGUGGAGACGACAUGUGAAGGACACUAUGAGUUUGACAGUGCACAGGACCUGGCCAGAGAAAUGCAAAACAUAAAGUCACAGAUUUUCACCUCAGGUGAGAAGACCUCUGAGUCAGCUCUUAACCCCUUCAGUGACCGAACUAAUAAACUCUAUUUUUUGGUGGAUGCCUCUGGUACUGUGGGCACCUACAACUUUGAUAAAACCUUGAAAUUUCUGGAUAAUUACAUCAGAAGGAUUUGGAAAAGUGGGAUCUCAGUGAAAGUGAUUUUCUAUGACAAGAUCAGCACCAGGACCAUUGAGGUGUCUCGAGAUCCAAACCUCUUCAACACAGAGAGCCUCGUCAACAGGGUUCAAUAUAAUGAGUUCUCGCCUGAUGCUGGGACAAAUGCUGGCAAAGCUUUGGAAGCUUUAUUGGAGAAUGUCAGAAGUGCUGGGUCGAGGCCAAUUAAAUGGACAGUGUUCCUUAUCUCAAAGCAAUACAACAGUGGGCCAGUUCCCUCCAGUCUGGUGCAGGAUAUCCUGAAACAUGUAAAAGAACCUGAUGUCUAUUUCGAUAUUUUUGUCAUCGGCCUGGGAAACGCACCAAGAGAUCAGCUGGAAGGUGUAGUGCCCCCUAAAGCAACAGAGGAAACUGGACGCCAGUAUAGCUUCUUUUUACCUAGUUAUGACUCUUUGGAAGAGGUUUUUAAUGAUCCCAAAUGGGAAGGCACCUCGUUUGAAGAAUGUGGAAUCCGAAGUAAAGCAUGGCACCGUAGUGUGGGGCGUAUUUUUGGUGGCAUCAAAUCACAGGAUGCUGAUUGGCCCUGGCAAGUCUACAUUUAUAUGGUGGACAAGGUAGCAGUUGAGUGUUCAGGAUCUAUCAUUUCCAACAGAUGGAUACUUAGUGCAGCCCACUGUUACAAAUCCAGUGACGUGGCCAGCAACCUUGACAAUUUAUUUGUGGUUUACGGCCUCACCCAAAGGAGCAAAUAUUCCAAAGAUCAGGUCAGUGUGGAACAGCUGAUCAUUCAUCCAAACUACAACCAGCAUUUUGAUUAUGACAUAGCCCUGCUGAAGCUCAAGCAAGAUCUCACGUAUAGUGAGACGGUCAGGAGAAUUUGCCUUCCUUGCACUCAAGACGUUGUAAGUUUGGUUCCAUCUCCAUUGGCUUCAUGGGAGAGCUACUGCAGUUACCAAGAAAACAGACUCACAUAUGCUGGGGGUGACAGCAAAGAGAGAACUCUGAACGGCUACAUAGCUGGCUGGGGCGAUAUCAAGAAGAAUGUGCAGCGGGUAUAUCUAAGCCAUGCUGAAGUCUCCAUUUAUCCUAGAGGCCAGUGUCCUGCGAUCAAUAAACCAAACAUGCCUUUCACGGACCGUUUAUUCUGUGCAAGAGGAGAAAAGAGCGACUCCUGCAAGGGAGACUCUGGAGGGCCUUUUGUCACCAAAAAGCAAGAAAAGUGGAUUCAGAUUGGGAUUGUCAGUUACGGCAAGAGUGAUGUCUGUGGAGACAAAGAUUUCAUGGGCUUCUACACCAACGUCCCUAAAAUGAUGACCUUCAUCCGAGAGCAUGUUAAGGAGCUGCAGUACAGUUAGUAUGAAAAGUAUGCAACAGAAAGAAAAAACAAUCUCCUUAAAGUCAUCUGUUCGAUUCAUUUUCCUUUGGAAUGCUUAAUGUACUACUCCCCAAUGCUUUCUGUGUCAAAACGCUCUGACUAGUAAAUCUGUGCAUGUCCUCUC